AUGUCUGGCUCACGCCUUGCUAAUGCUGCACGCACAUUUGCCCGUCGCAUACGAGACAAUCCGGAUGAGGUUCUCAACUUGGCGACGCGGGUGGCCAAGUCCUCCGCGCUCGCAACCCUGCACGUGGUAAACGCGGUAUGCGUGGCACACCUAUUCGCAAACCACGUCGGGUGGAUCAAUAUGGUGGACGGCCCGUCUAUGCUGCCCACCAUGAGCGUCAGCGGCGAAUGGGUGCUCGAGAACAAGAUGAUCAAGCCUCAGAAUGUCCAGCGGGGCGACCUCGUCACCUACCUCUCCCCGCUCGACCCGAGCCGCAUCGUCUGCAAGCGCGUCGUCGGUCUGCCCGGGGACAUCAUUUGCGUGGACCCCACGGGCGAGCUCGCACCGUCGACAGAGCACGUCAUCAUACCGAGGAACCACGUUUGGCUGAGCGGAGACAACGCUGCGAUGUCGAGGGACUCGAGAGUGUAUGGACCGGUCUCGAUGGCGCUCAUAAAAGGGAAGCUAGUUGCUAGGGUUUGGCCUCUGUCGAGGAUAACUGUCUUCCGCAAUAACUUUGAUUAUAUAGACUAGAGGUACAGUGCCGUGUCAUAAUACUCCGUGAUCUGUCCGUCGUGUGCAAUACUGUAACACCCUGCAAGUUUCACCUCGUGCUUGGUCUUUUAGGUCCAUUCACCACUACCGGACAAAGUUCAUCGAGUAUCCGCCUUCUCCGUUUGGAGUGAACUGGAAGUUGUCCGUCGACAUGCCAAACCGCCCUAUAACGCAGUGUCAAGUGCCGCAUCGUGAGCCGCACGUAUUCACGCACCGAGGAUGUUGUUUCCCAAUCCUUUGAGCUUGUCAAGCAUCUCGGCGGUCUCUGCUUUCUGCGCUGCUUCUACUCGAGGCUUGAGCGACGCAAGGGCCCGGUUGAUGGCUACUCGUUGAGGCGAGUCAGAUGGAAGGAUCGUUAGGAGGGUGUUGUAGUCUG